CACACACACACACACACACAGAGAGAGAGAGAGAGAGAGAGAGAGAGAGAGAUAGGAGAAGGAGAGGUGCUUCAGCUGACAUAUAGACACACACUGUCCUGGGAACAGUUUUUCUGCUAGGAUGUAUAACGGUGGAAUAUUUGUGAUCAUUUUUAUCACAUGCCAGAUGCUCGGAUCUCAGAGCCAGGAGUGUGUGAGCAGGCAGGAGGUCCAGAGCACUCUACGACAUGUCCAUAAGCUGCUCUCAGCGCACGAGACCUCCUUCUUACAGAGUGUACGCAGCCUGCGCAAGAAACUCAACCUGCUACACAACAACACAAUCAAACACAGCGGAAACACAGGCAAGCACAGCACUCCAAUAUGCCUGGCUCCAAACCCACCAGCCAAUGGCAGGAUGCUGGGCCAAGUGUUCAGAGUGGGCCAUGAGGUUCACUUCCUCUGCAACCCUGGUUUCCAGCUGUCAGGGCCAGAGACUAGGGAGUGUCUGGAUUCCCUCAGCUGGAGUGGAGAAGAGCCAACCUGCAAGAUGGUAGAUGCUGGAACAGACAAUAACCCUACUUCCUCCAUGCCCACAUCUACCUCAUCACCUUCUCCACCUUCAGUCUCAGCUUACGUGCGUCCCGCCCGCUGUAUCGAGUUGCAAGGCGCCGUGCACUGCACAUGUGAGCAAGGCUAUAGCAUCUCCAGCCAGGACAGAAGCUUGUGCACAGACAUUGAUGAAUGCGAGCUCUUCCGUAUGACCCAACCGGGCCGUCUAUGUUUGCACGCGUGUGUGAACACAGCUGGGAGCUACUACUGCCAAUGUCCCACCGGCUACAGCGUCAGCAAAGACAACAGGAGCUGCCAAGACAUUGAUGAGUGUGAGAGAGGAGCUCACAACUGUACCAAAGAGCAGGUGUGUGUGAACACUUUCGGAGGUCACAGAUGCAUGGUAGUGGAAUGCCCUCGCUUCCGCAAUGCUUCCUACAUCAAGACCUCACCUCUGCAAUGUGAGCGUAAUCCCUGUGUCCAGGGCAACAAAGCUUGUCUCCAGGCUCCCGUCUCCAUCAACUUUCACUUCAUGUCAUUGGUGUCGAACAUGAGCACUCCCCGUGUUCUGUUCCGGGUUUCAGCAGCCCGUAUUCUGGGAGACGCCCUGCGCUUUGGACUGCUGGGAAAUCGGGGGGCAGGGCAUUUUACCCUUCAGCGCUCGAGCAGACAGAGUGGGGAGCUGCUGCUGGUGGAGCCAGUGCAAGGCCCUGCCACGUUGGAGGCUGAGGUGGAGAUGAGCGAGCUAGAGAGGAGAACACUGCUGGGACGAUAUGUUACAAAGGUUACACUCUUCGUAUCCCCAUACAGCUUCUAAAACAAAGAGUGUGGAGGAGAAAGACUGGAGAAUAAAGUGAUCUUGCUACCCGAGACAACUGUUACAGUUGCCUUACAAACAACACAUGAACUAAAAUGAAGUAUGACAGAUUUCCAGCUAGGCAAAUCAAACAUCUUUAUUACAAAGCUAUUAAGCAUCACUCUUAAUUUUGUUUUUACAGCCUUUUAUGUCUUUAAUUUGACAAGCUAGUUUUAUUUCAUAAUCUAGUGUGUAUUUCAUCUAAUGUAAACUUAUUAUUAUAUCUUAUUUUAAAGUUUUUUAAAACAGUUUCAACAAUGACUGAUAUUUCUGUUUAAACAUUCACACUGAAGCACAAUGGCAUCUUUCAAGAUUUUAAUGUCUUUACCAACAUGACUGAAAUAAUAUCUGGUACCAAAACAAAAAUCCUUCUCAUGAUUCUACCAUAAAUCGUAAUCAUAGGCACACUCCAGAAGGAGAAGGACUGUCUGCAACGACUGAAAAGCAUUCCUACAAAGAAUUCUUCACCCUACUGACAGAAUGCCAAGUCAGGACCUCACAGACCUCUCCUCAAUGCACAUCAUUUAACUGUGUGGAGCUAUAAAAAGUACUCAAACAGAGAAGCUGCCUUUCACACACUCACUCUGUCUCACACGCUGUAUCUACAAAAAGGCAACAAGAUAACUCUACUGUUAUAUGUCCGGGAAAAAUA